AAAGAAUGGUGAUGUGGGAAAUGAACUAGGACAAUAACAGCAAGCACAGCUUAGAAAAAGCCUGGAAUUCCUGCUGCUUUUCAGAAUCAAUGAUAUAAUAUUUUGCUAUCAAAAUGAAGGUAAUAGUGAUCCUAGCCGUUAUCCAGAUGAUGUCGAUGUGUUCUGCUCAGCAAAGAGAUGUACCUGGAUUUGCUGAUGUUGUAUUUUUAGUAGACAACUCUAACAGUAUGAAAGUUAAAAUGUUACUGCAGGUGAAAUCAUUCAUUUAUAAAGUCAUUAACCGCUUGAAUGUGGGAAAGGACAAAUACAGAAUAGGAUUAUCACAGUUCAAUGAUUCUCCACAGAUUCUUUUUAAGUUAAAAGACAAUUCUGAAAAGAGUCAAGUGUUAAAUAGGCUGAAAGCAAAGCUCAUCCCUGCUACUGGGUCACUGAACAUUGGAAGAGCUCUCCAGAAUAUUCUGAGGGAUCAUUUCACUAGUGCUGCUGGAAGUCGAUUGCAUGAUGGUUAUCCACAGGUGUUGGUUGUCGUUUCAUCUGGUAAGUCAGAUGAUGAUGUGACACAAGCUGCUCUAACUGUCAAGCAAUCAGGAAUUAAAAUAAUGUCAAUUGGACUUCAGAAUUCAGUUGAGGAGGAACUGAAAGAUAUUGGAACAUCACAACUUGUUUUCCAAGUGCCUUCUACUGAUCUCCAAAACGUUGUUGAAAACGUUACAGGUGUCAUUCGGAGGUUAUCCUCAGACGUAUCCUGGCCACAACAAACUACCCCAGAAGCCUGCCUGCCUAUCUCAAAAGCAGAUAUUGUAUUCCUACUUGAUGAAUCAGAUUUAAGCAGCAUAGGUUCAUCCAACUUCCGCCACAUCUCUGCAUUUCUUCACAAUAUGGUGCAAUCAUUACCAGUUGGGAAAGACAGAGUGAGGAUUGGCUUGGUGCGGUACAGUGAAGAACCUGCUGUUGAAUUUCUCCUGAACCAGUAUGAUAAUAAGGAUGCAGUCCUGCAGCAUUUAAAAGCACUUCCUUACCACAAAAUUCAAAAGAGCAGAAACACAGGAGAUGCCAUCAACUUCUUGAGUAAACAAAUAUUUAUCCAGGCUACUGGUGGUAGGCAAGCAGAAAGAGUACCACAACUUGCAUUUGUGAUCACAAGUGGAAAAUCACAAGAUACCAUCGAUGCUUCUGGUAAGCUUUGGGAUAAAGGUAUCACUGUUUUCGCAGUGGGACUGAAGAGUGCGACAGAAGAACAUCUGAAAGCAAUUGCAUCACCGCCAUCCCAUCAACACAUCUCAAUUGCUGACUCUUUUGUAGCUCUCGCACCACUUGUGCCAGUUUUCCAGCAGAAGAUCUGUAAAACCAUUCACGACUAUGAACAAGGAGAAACGUAUCCAUUUGAAACCUCGAGUGAACCUGAAAUAACUACCCUCCAAAUCACUACUGAGAUAAUCACUACAGAAGAUAAAACAGCAGUACCAUCAGGAGACUAUCCUAAAGAACCUGUUUCUAGAUUUGGAGAUCUUGUUUUCCUUGUGGAUAGUUCUGAUGCAAUGAAAGAUGUCUUUGGGAAAGUAAAGAACUUCAUUAUUGGAGAAGUUGAAAGACUUAAUGUUGGUCUGGAUCAGUAUCACAUUGGCUUAGCUCAGUACAGCGAUACACUUCUGCCACAUUUUCAUCUCAUGGAUAUUAGUUCAAGAGAGAAAGCCAUAAGCAGAAUAAAAAGUCAGCUUUUCUUUAAAGGUGGAACCAUAAAUACUGACACUGCUCUGCAGACUCUAAAGAAUACUUAUUUCAAAACCACUGCUGGAAGUCGGUACAAAGAAGGAUACGCUCAAAUUCUGGUCCUUUUUACUUCAGAAACAGAAGGGGAUAAAUCAACAAAAGCUGCCUUGUCCCUCAAAGAGCAUGGGGUAACAAUAAUGGCUGUUGGACUACAGCAAUCUGAAAUACACUCUUUGGAAGCCAUAGGAAGCCCAGGACUGAUUUAUUCACUGAAAUCCCCAAGUGAUCUUGACAAUUUUUCUAAGAAUUUUGCUGACAAAAUUCAACAGUUGUCCGAAGAUCCAUAUGCAGUCAUUGAUGAACCUCCUUCAGAUUGUAAGAACAUUACACUUGACAUCGUCUUCCUACUUGAUGAGUCCAGUACCAUAAGUCCUGUGAACUUCCAGCAUGUGUCUGCAUUUCUCUUCAGAACAAUAAAUUCCCUGCAACAAAACAAUGGCAAUGUGUUAACUGGUGUGGUACGGUACAGUAAUAAACCUGAAGUUGUUUUUCAAUUAAACAAAUACAAUAAAACUGAUACUUUGAAACAAAUAAAACAACUUUCAUAUAAGGAAAGAGAAAGAAUAAGAAAUACUGGUCUGGCCAUUGACUUCUUGAAGACACAUAUGUUCACCAAGUCUAGUGGUAGCAGAAGAGACGAAAAAGUGCACCAAGUGGCUGUUGUAAUAACCACUGGAGGAUCUCAAGAUGAUGUCAGUAAUGUCGCUGAAAGUCUUAGACAACACGGCGUUACUGUUUUUGCUGUGGGAGUAGAGAAUGCAAAUGCAACAGAAUUAAAAUUCAUAGCAUCGGCACCUGAAGAUAUCCACACGUCUGUUGUUGAAUCAUUUCUACAGUUGGGAACAUUAGGCCAAGUCAUACCAGACAGAAUCUGUAAAUCCUUCCUUACAUAUGGCACAAAAUCUGCAGAAGACUACCAUACAAAAGAAGGGUGCCUAAUGAGUGAAGCAGCUGACAUCUACUUCUUAAUUGAUGGUUCUGGAAGCAUUUCAAAAGACAACUUUAUAGCAAUAAAACAUUUUCUAAAACAGAUUGUGGAACUGCUUAAUGUAGGCCCAAACUACAUUAGAGUUGCAGCAGUUCAGUUUUCAACCACAUACAGACUGGAGUUUGGUAUUAGCACAUACACCAGUAAAGAAAAGCUGCAGCAAGCCAUUGACAAUAUAGCUCAGAUGGAAAAAAAUACUAAUACUGGCUCGGCACUUAAUUACACCUUACAGUUAAUGAAGAAUCAGACAAUCAGAUUGGAAGCAAGCAGAAUCGUACCUCGCUAUCUCAUAGUUCUUACAGAUGGGGAAUCCCAGGAUGAUGUAAGACAAGCAGCUGACAAUUUAAGGAAAGAAAGAAUCAAUGUUUAUGCAGUAGGAGUGAAGGGUGCAAAUGAAACAGAACUUGGAUACAUUGCUACAGUUCCUCAGCAGACAUUUUAUGUGCACAGCUUUGACCAUUUGGAGUUCAUCAAAAAUAAUCUUACUCAGAAAAUCUGUUUCAAACAAGCUUGCAAAAAGAUGAAGGUGGACGUAAUGUUUCUUGUUGAUGGAUCAGGGAGCAUAGCAGGAGAAGAAUUUCAGCAAAUGAAGACAUUUAUGAAAAAUCUAGUUAAUCAUACUACUGUUGGUGUGGACGAUGUUCAAAUUGGCAUGGUUCAGUUCAGUUAUCGAACAGAGUUACAAUUUAAGUUGAAUAACCAUUCCUUGAAAGAAGAUUUGUAUGAAGGUAUUGACAACAUGACCCAGAUGGGUGGAGGAACCCUCACAGGAGAAGCUUUGAAGAUAACGUAUGAUUAUUUUAAUGCCAGCAAUGGUGGGCGCCGUGGCAUUACUCAGUUGCUGAUAGUUAUCACCGAUGGAGAGGCACAGGAUAAAGUCUUAGAACCUGCUGAACAUUUGAGAAAAGCAGGAAUUAUCAUUUAUGCCGUAGGAGUAGCGAGAGCAAAAACUUCUCAGCUUCUGGAGAUCAGUGGAUCACAAGAUCAAGUUAUUUAUGUUGAAAACUUUGAUGCCCUCCAGAGCAAAGUAGACCAACUAGCAUUUAGCAUCUGUAACCCAGCAGAAGCCUGCAAGAUAUCUGAAGUGGCAGAUGUUGUUUUUGUAAUUGAUAGCUCAGGCAGUAUUAGCCAGAAUGAUUUUGAAAUCAUGAAGGACUUUAUGAACUCUCUGGUGAAUAAAUCCCAUGUUUCUAAGGAUGGGGUGCAAAUUGGAGUUCUCACUUACUCAGAUGAACCCCAUAUUGAAUUUGACCUAAACAAGCACAGCACGCAAUCAAAUGUCACUGAUGCUAUUAAAAAAAUUAAUCUCAGAGGAGGAAACACUUAUACAGCUAAGGCACUUAAGGACUCAAAGAAUAUGUUUUCAGCAAAUCAAGGUGGCCGAAAAGCUCAGGGUGUUCCACAGAUUCUAAUUGUUGUAACUGAUGGAGAGUCACAUGAUAGAGAGAACCUCAAUUCCAGUGCCAAGGAAAUCCGAAAUGAAGGAAUUUCUGUCUAUGCUGUUGGCAUUAAAGGAGCAAAGAAAGAGGAGUUAUUGGAUAUUGGAGGUUCAGAGAAUCAUUAUUUCUAUGUUGACACAUUUGCUAAUUUGACUGAAAUACAGAAAAACAUUACCAACAUAGUUUGUGAGGAAUCACUUCCAGAAUGCAACAUUGAAAAAGCAGACAUAAUUGUCUUGAUGGAUGGAUCUUCAAGUAUAGGUCAUGAUGAUUUUAAGCGCAUGAAAACAUACAUGCAGAAUAUGGCUAAUGAUUUUAAUGUUGGACCUGAUAAUGUUCGUAUUGGCAUGGCUCAGUACAGUGAUAAAUACAAAGAGAUGUUUCAAUUAAAUGAAUUCAAGGACAAAACAAGUAUGAAAUCCAACAUUGAAAAUAUUACUCAGAUUGAAGGUAAUACUCUCAUCGGCAAAGCCCUGGAAAGGGUGAAGUCACUUUUUGACAGUGACAAAGGUGGACGCAAGGCCAGUCUUGUGCCUCAGUUUCUUUUAGUAAUAACAGAUGGGGACUCCCAGGAUGAAGUGCUAAAUGCAGCUAAUGAACUUAGGAAAGACAACAUCAAUAUAUUUUGUUUAGCAGUGGGAAACGUAGAGCCACUUAAACUGGAACAGAUAGCAGGUGAUCCAAGCAGGGUGCUCACAGUUCCAAAUUUUGAAGGUCUGAGUAGAAAAAGAAGGGAAAUUAACAAAAAACUAUGCAACAAAGAGAUUAAAGAGACUGAUUGCACACUGGAUGUUGCUAUAGGAUUCGAUAUUACAAACGAUGGGACUCGAAGCACCACUGAAAAACUAAACUCAUUACGAAAUCAGCUUCCUGAUAUCAUGAAAAAAAUAACAUCUUUGCAAAGCAUCAGCUGCAUUGUUCCACACUCAGCUCUGGUCAGUGUGGCCGUGCCUGCAAUUGGUAUUGAACAAUUUCAAAUUUGUUCUAAAGACCUUGAACAUCAGCUGACUAACCUUCAGAUAAAUAAGGCUACCUCUUUAAAUGAACAGUUUCUAAGGUCUCUUUGGGAACUUUUUAAAACUCGGCAAACUAAAGCAAAGGUUUUACUGAUAUUUACAGAUGGCUUGAAUGAGGACGCACAAAGUCUAAAAAGCAUAUCACAUGAACUUAGACGUGAAGGGCUCUCUGCACUGAUAACUGUUGCCUUGGAGGACAUCUCAGCGGGACCUCAUAUUGGCAACUUAAACUAUCUGGAGUUUGGAAGAGGAUAUGGAUACAAACCACAGCUGAUGAUUAACCAUCAUGACAUAGCAAGUGUUCUACAGUUACAGCUGGAGCGACUUUCUGAAGAGGUAUGCUGUUGCAUCUUCUGCAAAUGCCGAGGGGAGGAAGGAGAAAGAGGAAAAUACGGAAAACCUGGACAAAGGGGAAUUAAAGGUGAUAUUGGAAGCCAUGGCCAUCCAGGUGAAGAAGGACCUCCUGGCAAUAGAGGCAAGAGUGGUCCAGAUGGACCAGAAGGAGUUAAAGGUUGCCUGGGUAAACAAGGCAUGAAGGGAAUAAGAGGAUAUCAAGGAGAAAAGGGAGAAGAUGGAAACCAAGGAAUAGAUGGAAUCUCUGGAGAAGAGGGACAAAGGGGUCUUCCUGGGAUUCCAGGAGUCAGAGGUGAUCGUGGAGACAUAGGCAAACCAGGCCUCAGAGGACUUCCAGGUGAACGAGGGGAAACUGGCCUUCCUGGAGAUCAUGGAGAACCAGGACUAAACAGUGAAGUUAAAGGAAAACCUGGUGAGAGAGGCAAACCAGGCCCAAUGGGUGAUGAUGGAGUAAGGGGUGAAACUGCCCGAGGAGGACCGACAGGAAAUCGCGGUCGAAAGGGGGCUAGAGGACAGAAUGGAGAAAAGGGCAUAAAUGGAGAUAAAGGUCCAGGAGGACCCAUAGGUGAACCUGGUUACAGAGGCGAUCAGGGUGAUAGUGGAAGUAUAGGAGCCAAAGGUGAUCCAGGUGAACAAGGAAUGAAAGGACCUAUGGGUAACUAUGGACCACCUGGUGUCAAAGGAAACACUGGAAAAAAUGGGCAAGUGGGAAAGAAAGGAGCAGCUGGAGAUUCUGGAGAAAAAGGAGAGAUGGGACUUCAUGGAAAUGUUGGUCUAGUGGGUCAAGAUGGCAGAGAUAUGUAUGGGAACCAAGGAUACAAAGGAAGAAAGGGAGAAGCUGGAUUUCCAGGAAGACCUGGAAGAGAGGGUGAAGUAGGAGACACAGGUGAAAAGGGGGAGCCUGGUCCAAAGGGGCGGAGAGGAAGAAGAGGUAAUGCUGGUGCAAAGGGUAUUCCAGGAGACAAGGGAGAAGAUGGACUACCAGGCCAAAGGGGAUCAAAGGGAAAUGCUGCAACCGUUGUAGAUAACAGAUGUGCCUUGAUUUCACUUGUCCAUGAUAAAUGCCCUUGUUGCCAAGGUAACACAUGCCCUAAGUAUCCAACAGAAUUGGUAUUUCUGCUUGACAUGUCCAAUUCGGUUACACCACAGAUGUUUCAAAGCAUGAAGAGUAUCAUGACAUCAUUACUGCAGGAAGUAACUGUAAGUGAAAGCAACUGCCCCUCUGGGGCUCGUGUGGCAGUCCUCUCCUACAACUCCAAAACAAGGUAUCUUAUCCAUUUCAGUGACUUUAGCAAGAAGAGCAAAUUGCAGAACGAAAUUGCAAAUAUAACCUUCCAGAGAUCUGGUUCAGCCAACGUUGGGGCUGCAAUGAGAUUUGUUGCAAGAAAUGUUUUCAAACGAGUUCGUUCAGCUAACUUAUUAAGGAAAAUUCCUAUUAUUUUGACUAGUGGCCAUAGUGAGGAUGACAUUUCCAUCAUGACAGCUGCCUUGGAAUAUAAAGCAUUAAGUAUCACCCCAGUGUUUUUAACUUUCGAUGACAAUCCCAGCCUUAAAAAGGUCUUCAUGCAUGAUGACGUAGAAAGUACUCAGAUUUUCACUAUUUCUGAAAUGACCCUCAAUAGGACUCUACAACAAAUCAAGGACUGCACACUUUGCUAUGAUAUGUGUUUUCCUAAUAAUGAGUGCUCACCAGUCCUUCCAUUCAGUCUUCCUCCACUGCAAGUACCUAUGGAUAUAGCUUUCAUUCUUGACAGUUCAAGAAACAUGGAAAUAAAUGAGUUUCAAGCAGCUAUCAGGUUUCUCAGCGUUAUGCUUGAUCAGUUUGUCAUUUCUUCAAACCCAAGAACCUCAAGUGAUAAAGCCAGAGUAGCUCUGGUUCAUACAUCUCCAGAUUAUAGGCCUGAUGCGACUCUGGCACCAGUGAAAACAGAGUUUGAUUUUGUCAGGUUCAGUAGAAAGUCAGAAAUGUACAACCAUCUCCAAAAAUCUGUCCAUCAUUUGCAAGGUGAAGCUGCUAUUGGCACUGCUGUUGAGUGGACCAUUGAAAAGCUCUUCCCCAAGAUCCAAGUCCCAGCAAAACAUAAGGUUAUAUUUGCAAUAAUUGCAGGGGAAACAAGCUACUCGGACAAGAGGAAGCUGAGUAUUGUCACUCAGAAGGCCAGGUGUCUUGGUUAUGCAUCAUUUGUACUUUCACUUGGACUUAAUAACAAUGACAAUGAAUUAGAAGAACUUGCAAGUGCCCCCCAUGAACAGCAUUUGAUCAGUCUGGGCAGAGUGCAGACAGCAGAACUGGAAUACGCACAGAGGUUUGCUCGGGAAUUUUUACGCCACUUAAAAUAUGAUCUUAAUGCCUAUCCUCCAGCAGGCCUAGAGGAAGAAUGUGCCAGAAUCCGUGAAGAAACCAAUCUUGAGUCAAUUGAAAUUGUAAAGCGGCACAUAAAGUAUGAAAUGGAUAAAGCUGAGAAUUUCACUAAAUCUGAAGAUGCAUAUUUAACGACCAAAAAUGCCAAAGCAGAUCAUAGUGAAUAUAAUGAAAUGCUUCGAGUCAGUGAAACAAGGAAAACUAAUGUCUAAGGAAAAGCUAUAUAACAACCUGUGAUAACCUUCAUCAAACCUAAGAAAAGAGGAAGCCAUUUCAUCUGAAAAGAAAAGCAGGACAACAAUCUGCCAACUGUUGAUACAUGAAGACUUUUUCCUUAUUUGUUUAACUACUGGGGUUGAUGAAAACAGUGUUGAACACUCACAUCUCAGUCAUCAUCUUGCACCUUACAAACAACAGUGAAGCAGGACAGAAAUUCAAUGUUUAUGUUUUCAGAGGAUCCUACAUCUUUUGGCACUGAAUUUUAGAAGAUAGUACCUUGUAGACAAGACAUCUCCUACCUCAUCGUAACUGCUCUCCUGUAACUUUUAAUAAGCACAUGACAUUUGAAUCCCUCUUUCUUAACAAAUAUUUUGCAGCUUAGCCACAGAAUUACCUACAAAGUCACCAGUAAGUAGUUUGGCAACUUUUUGCACUAAGUUGUGACUUGUACAGAACUCACCACCCAUGUUAUGUCAGUAUACUGGAUGCCUUUCUAUAAAUAACCAACUUUAUAACAAAAGAGAUCUUAGUAAAAUGAACUUUCUUCACAUUUACUCAUUUCAGUACAGUGUUUUGAUUUGGGCUCCUUUUGUUCAGUCUGUAUGUUCAGUUUCUUUAUACAUUACACUGUAACACAGUUAUCCAAUAAAGCCUAUGUACAGAAA